AUGGUUGAAACUAAACCUAUCAUCGUUCUUGUUCAUGGCGCGUGGCAAACAGCUGCCCAGUGGCAGCCUCUAGCAAAAGUCUUAACCAGCGACGGUUUCACUGUCUUGGAGCCUCAGAAUGCCUCCAGCGGUACAGAUGUUGCUGCCAUCCGUGGCAAGACUUACCGAGACGACGUGUCAGUCAUCCACUCCGCCAUUGAACCGCACCUUGCAGCUGGCAAGGAGAUUGUUAUCGUUUGCCACAGUUACGGCGGUGUUCCUGCCUCUGCAGCUGCAGAGGGCUACCAGGUUCACGAACGUCGCGCACGUGGGCUGUCCGGAGGAAUUAAGCACAUAGUUUAUCUUGCAGCGUUUGCGUUUCCAGCUAGGGAACUCUCCCUUCUAAUGGCCCUUGGUGGAGACUAUGCUCCAUUCAUGAACAACAAGGGUGAUGCGAUUGCCUUGGGCGAUGGUGCCAAGGAUGCUCUUUACAAUGAUACUGAGCCCGGACUUGCAAACCAGCUUCUUGAUGCGGGUGUCUACCAGAGCACAGCUAGUUUCGAGACACCGCAAAAAUUCGCCGCCGUGGAUGUGGCUGUCCCCAAGACCUAUGUUCUUGCCGAAGAUGACCACGCUCUACCUCCAGAAGCACAAGAAGGAAUGAUUAAGGCCCUUAGCGAUGUCAGUGUUGUAAGGGUUGCGGCAGGCCAUUGCGUACAUUUGAAUCCCAAGAUGGCGCCUACAUUGGUGGAGGCCAUUAAGGCUGCAGCACAGGCUUAA